AAGGAGCUUUCAAAAUGGCGGCUAGUGUAAGUGUUAGGGAUGCGAAGAAAGCCCUCGUGAAAUACCUACCUUACGGGGGACUAGCUGGCUACUCUAUACUUUCACUUCAUUCAAUGAAGGUUUAUGCAGAACAAAUCAUCAUCGGAAAGAAUACAAGAUCAGUUGUGUUCCACGGAGCAUUGACUUUGUCAGGCAUUGGCAUUGCCACUUAUCUGUACAACCGACCUGUGUUUGAUGUCAUGGAUUCUCCGAGGUCAAAACGUCUUUUCUGGAGUAUAUAUGGCACGUGGAUGUUCAACUUUGGUUCCUUGAUGCUUUGGGCGAUUUGUAAAGAGAUUUGCCCGGAUUACAAAGUGAUACGAGCUAUUAUGGCAUUGGCGUCCAGCGCUGGACUGGUGUAUGUCGGCGUAGAUUACUUACGUGAAGUGGACAGACUUCGAGUGGGAAUCAUUGCAGAACGAGUAGAUGGAGCCAUAGAAUUAUAAAAGCAGGGAAUUUAUCACGAAAGGCAGAGAACGAUCUUCCUCCUCAUUAAGAAAUAGCGCAAAUAAUAUACAGCGCACAAUUUCACUUAUAUAACUUGAUUAAGACUUAUUGGUGCAUUGUACAUAUUAAUUUUGGUAGUAAUUACCACGAAUUUUAAAAGACUACGGACCCCAUUAAAGGCAACUUUGUUUGUGAAAGUAUUGAUUUGCAAUCGUCUCCUUAGUGUAGUUGACGGCUGAUUGGGGAAGGAAAUUGUAUACGAAUCCCCCAUGGCUUUAAUUUUUUCGAUGUCAUGACAACUUAAUUUUUAUUCUGCAACAUACGAAGGGAAACAAGUUUGCAAUCAGUUAUAGUGUGUAAACUCUAAUGAAGAACAUGACCCAGAAGCAAGGCAGCUCAUAACGUAAAUAAUUGUAGACAUGGAAAUAUGCUUGCUUACUAAUUCUCUCAGUGUUGAUAAUAAUUUAGUAAAUUAUUAUUGAUGAAAAAGUAUGGUCUAAUCUGUUA